AGCCUUCCGCUGGCUUAGAGCUCUGCUCCACAGCUCGGCUGAAACCGUCCAGCGAGUGCUCGCAUGGCAGGGGACGAGGCUGUCAGAGUUGGAGCCAUGGACUCUGAAGGCAAAGUGAUGGAGCACUCGACACAGGCACUCGAGGAUCAGCUGCAAGAGACCGUGAUGGCAAAGCUUGAGGACAUUUUGGUGAAACACGAGAACGACCUGUGGCGACGGGGCCAGGAAGCUAUUGCGCAGCUACAGCCAGAUCGGAAGAAGGUCAUGUCCUGCCUGCAAGAGCUGCAAACACGCCAAGCUGAACUGAUGGCGCAGCAGGAGGAAAUGAGUCGUGAAUUGCUGGGCAUCAGCAGCAAGCUGGAUUGGUUCGUCGGAGAGUGCACACAGGCGAUGAGUGGACUUGGCUCUUCUGAACCGCUCGACAUCAGAGACGUGUACGCUGGGACGGAGGGAGUCCCGAACGGCUUCGAUGACAUCCUUGUUGAUAGCUCUGGAGGGCAAGCGCUGCCCCCGCUGCUGCUUUCCGGCGUCACACCUCCAAGCGGGAGUUCUCCCGAAGGGCGCAUCCCGGAUAGCGCUCGCGCACAGGAUGUGUGUCAAAGUGGAAUUCUUGCGGAGCUCGGUGGUACCGCUUCCUUUCCACCAGAGGUUGAAGGUCCUCGGACACCGCCGCGUCAGAGCCCGGCCAUCUUGUCGUUGGCAAGCGCUUUGACCCCGCUGCAGACCCCGCCACCGGAACGGCGCGGGCCACCAAGGCUGAGUCUUGCAGCGCACCUGGACGACAAGGAGACCAAGCUUCCCAAGUUGCGAGCUGAUGCGCCUGCUUUUGUGCCCGGCGAGGCUUGCGGAUAGCCAGGACGAGAUAGCCCUGGCAUGCAUGGUAGGUUCGUACAGACCACGUUUCCCAGGUGAACUUUAGCAAAAAUCGCAUGCAAUUCAGAGCCAAUGAUGGAAUUCCGCGGAGCGGCAAUGAAGCUUGCAUUAUGCCACUGAUGUUCCA